AUGCAGGAAGUGGCGGAGGUGGGCAUGGUGCUGGGGGAGGAGAGGAGCAAAGGAAGCCUGGAUGUGGGGGGCCUAGUGGUCUUCCCACCCCUUCCCACCACCAUGAAGCUACUGAGAUGGAGAUUGAACGGACGACGGAACGUAACCGCCGACGAGGUGACGUCAGGGCGGGCCCCUACAGCUCCCGCCAAGCGUACGCACGUACGUACGUACCCACGCACGCACGCACGCACGUCCUCGAACGGGCGGGGGAGGAGUGGAGAAGGUGAGAGGCGCCCCGCCCAGUCAGGAAGGUUGCGCGCGCCCCGAGCGACCGCCAAGAUGGUGGUGGGUGCGUUCCCUAUGGCGAAGCUGAUCUAUCUAGGCAUCCGGCAGGUUAGCAAGCCGCUCGCCAACCGCAUUAAAGAUGCCGCCCGCCGAAGCGAGUUCUUCAAGAACUACAUCUGCCUUCCGCCGGCCCAGCUGUACCACUGGGUGGAGAUGCGGACCAAGAUGCGCAUCAUGGGCUUCCGGGGCGCAGCCAUCAAGCCGCUGAAUGAGGAGGCAGCCGCCGAGCUGGGCGCCGAGCUGCUGGGUGAGGCCACCAUCUUCAUUGUUGGCGGCGGCUGCCUGGUGCUGGAGUACUGGCGCCACCAGAAGCAACAGCGCAACAAGGAGGAGGAGCAGCGCGCCGCCUGGAAUGCGAUGCAGGAUGAGGUGGGCCGCCUGUCACUCACCCUCGAGGCACUGCAGGCUCAUGUACAGGCGGUGCCGUCGCAGAGCGCCCUGGAGGAGCUGCAGGCACAGCUGCAGGAGGUGCAUGCCCAGGUCUGCUCCCGGGGCCGACCUCCCUCGACCCAGAAAGCACCGGCGACCCAGGCCGCACCCGCGACGCAAGCAGCAACCACGUGCGAGAAAUAG